AUGUCGAAGAAACGCAAAGCCCUGGAGGGUGGAGGAGGUGGCGGCUCCCGGCUCCCAGAGGAGGAACCCACUGCCUGGUUUGGGGACGGCAGCGAGGAGCAAGUGUUUGUGGCUGAUGAGGGACAGCAGGGAGAGACAUUUCCUUCCUCCAUGCUGCUCCAAUCCGGGGAUGCUAAGGGUCACGUCAUGUGGAAUCUUCGUCCCCUGCACAGGCAGGGCCCUCUGCGUCCUGAAGUUGGAGCACAGGGACCGAGUCGAGUCCAUGAGCCACGGCGGAGGGAGAGGAUUGAGCGCCGCGACUGCACACCCACGUGCGUCAGAGCUGGGAGUGAGAACAGGUCGGUCCCACCUUCCAAUAUAAAACGAUUGUGGUUGAUUUUCCCCGAUUAAACUUUAUGCUUGGCCUGGUUGAUGGCAAGUAGCUGCCAGCGUCUGUAUGCUGCCUUGAUUAGUUUCCACUGCAUGUGUUUUAAUACAAUCUUCCUUUUUCCACAUUUAUUCAGGCCAACCCUGUCUGCAAAGAUGUGGUUUAAUGCCGAUUUGAGUCUAGGUGCUACAGACUGGAAAUGUGCUAACGACAGUACAACGUAUUGCUGA